ACCUUGACAAUGUACUUUCAGCAAGCAUGGAGGGAUAAGAGGCUUUCGUAUAAUGUAAUACCUUUAAACCUUACCCUGGACAAUAGAGUAGCAGAUCAGCUUUGGGUUCCUGAUACCUACUUCCUGAAUGAUAAGAAGUCAUUUGUACAUGGUGUCACUGUGAAGAACAGGAUGAUUCGUUUACAUCCAGAUGGGACAGUUCUCUAUGGUCUCAGAAUUACAACAACAGCUGCCUGUAUGAUGGAUCUACGAAGAUACCCCCUAGAUGAACAAAACUGCACCCUGGAAAUUGAGAGCUAUGGCUACACAACAGAUGAUAUUGAAUUUUACUGGCGUGGGGAAGAUAAUGCAGUUACAGGAGUGAGAAACAUUGAACUGCCACAGUUCUCCAUUGUAGAGUACAAACUUAUCUCCAAGAAAGUUGUUUUCUCAACAGGUUCCUACCCAAGGCUGUCGCUGAGCUUUAAGCUUAAGAGAAACAUUGGCUACUUCAUUCUGCAGACCUACAUGCCUUCCAUUCUGAUCACAAUUCUCUCGUGGGUUUCAUUCUGGAUUAACUAUGAUGCUUCAGCUGCAAGAGUGGCUUUAGGGAUCACAACGGUUCUCACAAUGACAACCAUCAACACCCAUCUACGAGAGACACUGCCUAAAAUUCCCUAUGUGAAAGCUAUUGACAUGUAUCUAAUGGGAUGCUUUGUCUUCGUCUUCAUGGCCCUGCUGGAGUAUGCCUUGGUCAACUACAUAUUCUUUGGCAGGGGGCCACAGCGUCAGAAAAAAGCAGCAGAAAGAGCUGCCAGUGCAAACAAUGAGAAGUUACGGAUGGAUGUCAAUAAGAUGGAUCCUCAUGAAAACAUUCUGUUGAGCACGCUUGAAAUUAAAAACGAGAUGGCUGCCUCUGAAGCUGUUAUAGGUCUUGGAGACCCUAGAAGCACCAUGUUGGCCUACGAUACCUCAAAUAUCCAGUAUCGGAAGGCUGGCUUACCAAGACACAGCUUUGGCCGUAACGCCCUUGAACGGCAUGUGGCACAAAAGAAAAGCCGGCUACGGAGACGUGCCUCUCAGUUGAAAAUUAACAUCCCUGACUUGACUGAUGUGAAUGCCAUAGAUCGAUGGUCACGCAUAUUCUUCCCUGUUGUUUUUUCCUUCUUCAAUAUUGUCUAUUGGCUUUAUUAUGUGAACUAA